GUAAGAUGCUGCGUCAUAAUUGGUUUGAUUCAACACCUGUACCAAUGACAGGAAGUGAAGUAGUUGAAUGUGCUGACCAUCUCACUCACCUUGGGAAGUUUGGAGGGUUGACAUAUGACAAAACCUCUACAAGAAUUCUGAAAGCACUGCUGACCUUUGCCAACUUGCGUCAGUUAAAGCGUAGCAACCCAUUACUAAUGGCGUUUCAUAUUCAUAUUACUGAGGAUGCUGUUUCUUGGGGAUCAAAAGCUUUUACUUCCACAGAGGAUAAACUGCCGUUUAUUGAUAUAGCUUUGUGUUCAGAUGAUAACCGUAUUAUCGGACUGUGUUCCACCAUGACUUUUGUCCGUCUCUAUUCAUGGAAAUUGAUUAUCCAGUACAGUACUUGUCAACCAUCGUGUUCUGUGAAGUGGGAUGUUCCUCAAGUGAUUGAUUGUAUAUCAAAUGAUUUCCUUGUACAAAUCCCGGUUCCAAGUCCUCGAACAGAAUUUUUGAAGUUAUUUUUCAAGUGUACAGACAAUAGCGCAAUGAUACAAGCCUAUGAAUCGAAUAAACAGUUACAUCAACAUAAUGUGACUCAACGCCACCUACGUAGUCAAAAAACGCGCAAAUUGAAUAGAACUGUACAGAAUUCUGUUAACAAAGAAUUAGAUGUAUAA